AUUCAAAACUCAAUUACUGGUGAAAACCGAAGGAUUUUUUUGUAAAUCUUCCUCACUUUGUACUUUGUAGCAAAAUCCGAUCCCAUCUUCUAACGUCUGUCGACUCUCUCCCAUAUAAAAUCAACGCAGCCACGGCCCCUCGCAAUAGCAAAACCCUAUUCAGCCACGCCCGAGGGUUUUCGCAGCCGAAACAAGCGCCGGAGCCUCUUCAGAAACCCUAGACCUCUCAAUUCAUCACGUCCAAGCCAUGUCGAGGAAGAAGACUAGGGAGCCAAAGGAAGAAAAUGUGACCCUUGGACCUGCUGUAAGAGAAGGAGAACAAGUUUUUGGUGUUGCCCACAUUUAUGCGUCAUUUAAUGACACAUUCCUUCAUGUGACUGAUCUGUCAGGUAGAGAAACACUUGUUCGCAUUACUGGUGGGAUGAAGGUGAAGGCUGACCGAGAUGAGUCUUCACCAUAUGCUGCCAUGCUUGCAGCGCAGGAUGUUGCUCAGAGAUGCAAGGAACUUGGAAUAACCGCUCUGCAUAUCAAGCUCCGUGCCACUGGUGGGAACAAGACAAAAACUCCUGGUCCUGGGGCUCAGUCUGCUCUCCGUGCACUUGCUCGUUCUGGAAUGAAAAUUGGUCGAAUAGAGGAUGUCACUCCAAUUCCUAGUGACAGCACUCGUAGAAAAGGUGGUAGAAGAGGGAGAAGGCUGUAAGCUUGCUGUUCUUAUCCAGUCACAGCAGCCUUUGUUUCAGCACUAGCUUAUGGUUUCCAACUGAAUGGCCUGACCUUGAUCAGUAAUCCCAAUUUUUAAAAGAUAUUGUUGUUCUGCACUAUGAGAUUUGGCAAAGUUUAAUUUCCAGUUCAAACCUCUUCUAUCAGGCUUCCUUGGAAUUAUGAUUCUCUGAGACUAUGCAUUUUGAUUUUUAUGUUGUUGCACAUCCUGCUCGUUCAGUUUUUGUACUGUUUGAUUGAAAGGUUGCAUGGAUUGAACCCGGGCAGAAAAAGUUACUUUUCAUUACUGUUUAGAUGAAACUGAAUAAAAAAUACUCUAGUCAUGAAGGGAUUUUAUAAAA